AUGCAACAAGUCCAUACACCAUCUCCACUUCAUUCCGAGACAGAAAUGAAAGAAGACGAGGACUGCGAACACAACCAACCCAUCAUCAGCGCUCCAAGAACAGCUCGUCGUAAAAGCUCAUCAAAGACUACUUCCUCUCUCUUUUCCGAAGGAAAACAGAUCUCUAAAAAAACAUUAAAUUCAUCCUCCAGUAAGAAGAAAAAGGCUUCUUCAACAACAACUGGUGCUACUGCUGGUGUUUCUGUUGUCCUUGAAUCCAAUCAAUCACCACAACCAACUAAGAGAAAGACCUCCAAAACAUCCCAUUCAAAGAAAAAGACUUCUAAAAAGAAGCAACAAGAUCUUUCUUCAGAGGAUGAUUCUAGUGAUCAUCAACUUCCCUCUAAAAAAUCAUCCACAACACCUAAACGAAGCCUCAACGAUUCUUCUUCCUCUUACCAAAAAAAGAAAAAAAAGAAAAAAAAAGAAAAACAUUACGAUAGUGAUUUUGAAAGAAAUGACUAUGACAGUGAUGUUGAAUAUGAAGAAGAUAUUGAAUUUUUAAGACCUAAGAUAGCUCAAUUAGGUGAUUUAUUUGCAGAACAUAAGGGUAACAUUUGUAUAUUCUCAGGUGCAGGUAUUUCAUCAAGUGCUGGAUUGAGUACUUAUAGAGGAAAAGAUGGAAUAUGGUUGAGAGAUGGAAUGUUAUUGUCUGCAAUGUCCAAUAAUGGUGGUAGUAGCAGUAGUAAUAGUGGUAACAAUAGUACUAAUAACAACAACAACACGAGUACUAGUUCCACCGCCACCACCACAAAUAAGAAUCUCAAUUUGAAAUACUUUCCAACACUCACUCACAUGGCUAUUAAGAAACUCUAUGAUCUAGGUUAUAUCAAAUAUAUUAUUACUCAAAAUAGUGAUAAUUUACAUUUAAAGAGUGGAAUUGAUGAAAAAGAUAUUGUUGAAAUACAUGGAAAUAGUUAUAAAGAAUAUUGUGAGAAAUGUAAUAAGACAUUUACUAGAGAGGAUAUUAUUGUACAUCCAACCAGUGAAUCCAUUUAUAGAAAUAUAGUGAAAUCAUCCAGUGGAUUGAAUAUCAUUGCAGCAUCGAAAAGUCCUACUACGAGCAUUGAGAAUGAUCAGACCAAUACUACUACCACUUGGACUACUAAAAAUACUACUAGUACUAGUACUACUAACAAGAAAAAGAUUGAAUCUUCCACUCCUCCUACUUUGAGUAUUGACAAUUCUCAUCUUUCUGUUAACAAGUGUGAAUAUUGUCAAUCUCCAUUGAAAGAUUUGAUUGUAAAUUUUGGAGAGAAGGUUCCUCAACAUUUAUGGGAUAAGGCAGUUCAAUUUAUUGAAAAUUCAACACUCAUUCUAGCAAUUGGUAGCAAAUUGUCUGUAGAUCCUGUGAAUUCUCUUGUUACUAUGAAUCCAAAUUCUAAAUUAAUUAUUUGUAAUUUACAAUUAACACCAUUCAAUGAUGAUGCAUUUAUGGUUAUUAGAUGUAAAUCUGAUGAUUUAUUUAAUCGAUUGGUUGAAAAGAUUGAUCCACCCAAUCGAUUUGAAAUUCCUGAAUAUAUUUAUGAAAUUGAAUUGAAUUUCAAUCCCAAUGUCAAGAAGAAAGAAGAAAGAAAUUCAUUAGAGAGUGAAACAGAAUUGAAAGAAUACUUUCAAGUGAAAUCUACUCAAUUGAAUAUCAUUGAAAGUGUUCAAUUGUUGUUCUCGAAGAAAAAUACAAUGAAUAAUGGUGAUGAUGAGACAAAAAAGACUGAAUCCUCAAUGUCAUCAUUCCAAGGUACUUGGACGACGAAUAUUGCGAUGAAUAUUGCGAUGACGAAUACUACAACUACAACUACGACUCAUUCCAUCAAAUUGUUUAAUGGAAAUCAAUUCACUUACCACAAUUACAACAGCAGCAUGACACCCAUGAUAAUUGAUCAGAUGAUAAUUCAAAUUAAUCACAAAAUGUUCACAACCAAGUUUAGAAAAUUAUUGAAAUCGAACAAGACCAUUACAAUUCCUAGAAGAAUUGAGAUGACCCAAACGACUGCUGACACAACCACCACCACCACCACUACCAAUCAUGACAUUCAAUCAUCAUCAACUCCUUUAUUAUUCAAUGAUUUAAAUGAUUUAUUCAAAAAGACCAUCAGACUCAAAUAUUACACAAAUCAAAACAAAUGGAAUUUCGAAGUGAAUAAUAAAAACUAA